AUGCGGUGCAUGGCACUGGUCGUGGGCACUCGCGAGCGCACCUCCUCUGCACAAGGAAACUACAAGAAUCUCAGCACAAGGCUAUCGUUUAUAUCGAAAUACGUGUAUAUAAAGGGGAAAAACGGCACCGCAGAGCCAUUGUUCCGGCCAAAACUGUUCUUCACCGCCUCACGACCCAUGUCGACCUCGAACAGACUAUUGGAAGCGCACCGCGCCCUCUUCGAAAAGGCCACAAGCCACAAGCUCACUCAGCAACUGUGCGCGGGCACGCUGCCCGACCGCACACUGUACGUCUACCUCGCACAGGACCUACAGUUCUUCCAGAGUGGGCUCCGCCUGCUCACCAAGACCACGUCCGUCGCGCCAAACACGAACAGUCUGCUGAUACUCGCCAAGAAAAUCGGAUUCUUCGCCAAUGACGAGAACAGCUACUUCCACGAGUGCCUCGCACACAUUGCGGACGCGCUCCCAGCCGCAGACCAGGCGCGCUUCCGCGAGUCGCGCUUGCCUCAGGUGGACCGCUAUGUCCAGCUGCUUGAGCGCACUGCGAAAAGCGAGACAUCCUACGCCAAGCUCAUCACUUUCGUCUACUGCAUGGAGCUCGUGUACCUGCAGUGGCCCAAGAACUGCACAGUCGCCGUGGGGCUGCACUGGAAAUACCAGACCUGGAUUGAUCUGCAUGCGGGCGACCACUUCGAGACCUGGUGCGAAUUCCUCCAGCAGGAAGUCGAUAAGUGCGACUACGCAGAGGUUUCUGGCACCUUCGCGCAGGUGCUGCAGCUCGAGCUCGAGUUUUUCGAGGCUUGUAGCGCCCAGUGA